UAGAGCUCAGGCCAGUAAUGGACGCAGGACUAAACUGCAGCUCUCAUUGUGAGUCUAGUACCUGCUUCAUCUACUCAGGACUGAACAACCAGCAGGGCUGGGAAAUACUACAGAAACUCUGUGCUCUCAUGACGACAGGUGUGGAUGUAAAGAGUCGAUCGCUGUCUCCUGCUCUCCGUGCUGUCGUCUGGACUCUGCUUUCCUGUGGGAUUCUACUGGCCCUCUUCUUCCUCAUUUUCACAUUACGCUUUAGAAACAAUAGGAUAGUGAAGAUGUCCAGUCCCAAUCUGAAUGUGUUGACUCUGUGCGGCAGUGUACUUACAUACAGCAGUGGUUUCUUAUUUGCCAUGGAGGAGAGAGCAACACUGCAGGGAACAGGAUCAAGAGCAAUUUUACAGGCGCGGAUGUGGAUGCUGUGUAUUGGCAGUUCUCUGGUGUUUGGUCCUAUGCUUGGUAAAACAUGGCGGCUCUAUAGAGUGUUCACUCAACGCAUACCUGACAAGAGAGUGAUUAUUCGAGACAUACAGCUGAUGGGUUUGGUUGCUCUGUUGGUCCUCGUGGAUGUUGUUGUUCUUACAACAUGGAGUCUGACGGAUCCAAUCAAGUGCUCUCGGUCUGUAAAUGCUAUGGUGAAGGUAAUAGAGUUGAGUGCAUCCUACACUUUGUCCCAGCUAUACUCGUGUUCCUCUCUUUACUCGGAUCUGUGGGUCAUUCUCCUCUCGGUGCUUAAGGGAAGUCUCCUCCUUUAUGGCACAUACCUCGCUGGCCUGACAAGCAAUGUCAGUUUACCCCCAGUUAACCAGUCUAUAACCAUCAUGGGUGCUGUCUGCCUGGUAACCAUGUCAACCGCUGUGGCUGUGCCUGUUUCUCUUUACCUGUAUGCCUGGCCUAAUGUGGUGUACAGCGUAGUUUCUGGUGCUAUCUUUAUCUGCACACUUUCCAUAAACUGCCUGCUGUUUGUACCCCAGUUGACCCAGUGGAGACACUUUGAAGAAGAGACAAACUCUCAUUCCAGUCAGAUGGCAAAAUACUUCAGUAGUCCCAGCAAGACCACGAGCUCCAUGUACAGCGAGGAUGAGAUCUAUUAUCUACUUGGAGAAAAUGACUCCAUGAAAAGGCUCAUUAAUGAGAAGAAUGCCAUUAUCGACAGCCUACAGGAACAAGUGAAUAACGCCAAAGACAAACUGCUUAAAAUAAUGACUGUUAGCCACCCCUUGGAUGAGGGAGAAAUGGAUUCCUCCAAUACUAACCUGAACUCCACCUCUACCCAAACCACAGUGGUAUCUCCCGAUUCUCCUUUCAUAACACGAUAUUCAGAAGUAGCUCCAAUAGUGGCUCUCUCUCCACCUCCUUAUAAACCUCCUCCACCACUUCCCGCUCACACUACCUCACAGCAAACAUCUCAUAAAUGUUCAGUAUCUACAGAUGUUUCUUCUUCAGCUCACCUAAGGCCUUCACAGCUUCCGAGUAACUCUACGGAUGAGUCCUCUCAUGUCAGCUGUUCAGUGAGGUCUGAUGGUGUAAAUCUGAAGGGUAACGCAGAUGAGCCAGUUCCAGUCCUGAAUAUUAUUAGAAACUCUACAAGUAUCUCAGAUAGCCCUGAAGACGAUACAGAGAAUCCCCAAGAAAAUAAUUCCUCAUCUUCUGCAUGUUCAAGUCAACCUGAUGUUGAUACAUCCGCCUCCAAGGAGCAUACCACCGUGGUUGUAAGCAAUGAGCAGCUGGUGGAGAUCUUACAGGACCUGAGUGUAAAUGCUGUACGCAGCUCUGUCAGAUCACCUGACCGAGUGCGGAGUCGUUGCAUCAGUCCCGAUCACGAGGAUCUCAGCACAGCUCUUUCUCAAACACCUCUACAGUUCCCCACCAUCUCACCAUAUCUCAUGCGUAAACGUAGGCCUCCCUUUUACUCCUCUAGAGGAGGACCUCCCCCUUACUACUUCCCUGGCACUGUACCUCCAGGACGCAGAAAAACAUCAGCACUUCAAGACCACGAAAGGUUUAGAGAAGACCACUACCACGAAAUAAAUCCUAGCAGCCCAAGAACAAGACGACCUCAGAGACAAGACUUGUGUCUUGAGGAUAAUAGGGAGACAAACACAGGAACUAGUUGUGGCACUGAUAUCCUAACCAGUAGGAGAUGCUCAAGACAAGAAGACUGGGAAUCUUUUUCUUGCAAAUGUCCUAGUACUCCUUACACAGGACAGGUUCCUCGGCCUGCCUCGGCUGGUCUGAAAGAAACAUCAGAGAAGCCAUACGACUACUCGGACUCAGACUCUAGCAGCUCUGAGGACUAUUGUUACUACCACCGGCCCUACUGUAGGGGCUGUCUGCAUCACCCCUAUGACUCUACAGACAGCCUUACCAGCUCCGACAGUGAGGAUGAGGAGAUGUACCGCUCAGCACACCCUGUAGUAAACUUUAAGGUGGACCUUAAACCAACUUUUGUCUGAUGAAGGCCCAAGUCAGGAUUGUUGCUGUUUGUUUACUUCUUGUGUGUUUUUACUUUUGUUUGCCUUUGUCAGCAGGUGGCGACACCACUGCUUGUUCUUAUGUCACACAAAUGUGUGACGUACGCUGUGAAUGGCAGGUUUAAUUUUAAUAUGCGAUUGAAAACUUUACAGACAGUGACUUAAAGGAUAACUUUACCCCAAAAUACAAAUGUACUGAAUAUUUAUUCACCCCCAUGUCAUCCAAGAUGUUCAUUGCAAGCUUUAUAAUGGAAUUGGCCAGUGCUUCAAACUCCAAAAAGAAUGCAUUCAUCAUAAAAGUAAUCCAUGACUUCAAUGGGUUAAUAAAUGUUUUCUGAAGUGAAACGUUAGGUUUGUGAUAAAAAACUAUUCAUAUUUUUGAAAAUUUUAGCGAUGGUUACAAAGUCUAUGUAAUGUAAACAAACAAUAACAGCUCUAGAUUUAAAUAUGGCGGCAUGUUAAAUUUCAUUGGUGCUCACGUGUCUCACGACUGGUCAUUUUAUGUGACAUGAUGAUACACACAAUAAAUAAGUAAAUAAUGGGUACAUUUUAAUUUGCGGGUGGAGGAAUUCUUAUUAUGUUUUUAGUUUUUUACUAAUUACAAUUAAUUUUGGUAUAAAAUGUUUAUGUGGCGUGAAUUUUCAUAGAUUGUAAUAAAACAUUGCAAGGCCUAGGCUCAAUAAAAUUAAGAAAAACUUGAAGUAGUUAGGCAUAACCUUUUUUAUAUUAUUUAUUGAAUUAAAGCAACACUAUGUAGUUUUUUACCUUUAAAUAAUGUCUCUAAAAUUAUUUCAGUGAUAGAACAACUUUUAACUGGACAAAUUGUACUGUUGCUGCAACCUGAGCAGCCUCCUGGCUGCUACAAGCAGACUCUGAAAGUGGCGGUGGAGGGUAGAGCACACAGCCCUGCCCCUCCCCCUGCCUGCAGAAGAGUGUCUGAUACCAGGCACUGUUGCGCUUUUCAACCACAUGGGGGAGCUGUAAGUCAUUUUUACAUGGAAACUACAUAGUGUUGCUUUAACUGUACUGAAGCA